GAUCCGCACUGGGAAGUAAGCAUUGCAACCCCGCGAUACUGCAAACAAGUCGCAUCGUCUCUCUCAGCCGCAGACUAGCGCCACGUGGUGGUUGGCUGCUUCUCUCUGCCUGCGAGACCCUUUCCAGCGGAUGUUCCUGGUACCGCAAUACGCCACGCUCAUCCGCGCAAAUGCGCUAGCCAAGGUGCUAAUUCUCCGGUACUCGUACUUUGGCCAAGCUAUGGCCCCCACACAUCAACUGGCUUGUGCUUACGGCGUCGCUCAAUUUCUACAAGCUGUUUUUUGCGACAAUGGCGUCUUCGUCUUGUUGCUCUCACGGAGGAUCGCCGUCGUGGUGAAAACUCAACUCCUUCAACAUCAUUGUCGCUUUACAAUGGCAGGCUCAGUUGCUCCCUCGCCAGAGUUCCUGGCAGAGACCAAUGACCCUGGGCUCGACCAGCGAGUCAGCAUCGCCUUUAUUAUUAUCGAUACACUUUUCCUCAUAAUCUUCUAUGUGAGCCGCUACUAUAACCCCAAGGCGGUCGGCAUGCCUAUGCUAGUGUGCAAUACACUAUGUUAUCUGUUUUGCCUUGGAAGCGCAGUCGCAGGAAUCUGUAAGUUGGUGUCGGGAGACUGCACCUUGCUUGUACUGACCCGUAUAUGCAGUAAUGACGCAGAUAGGUGGUGUCGGACACCAUGUACAAGCUGUUCCUGUCGAAACCUUCCAGACAUGGCUCAAGUUGUCCAAAGUGCUCGAGUUCACAUAUACCCCAGCCGUCAUGUUCGCUAAGCUGGCGGCCUUGUUCCUCUAUCACCAAGUCUUUGCUGUCCACUCUGGGUACCGUUUUGUGUUCCUGGCCAUUGGCAUCGUCGUCGUUUUACAGGGUAUUAUAUCUUUCAUUUUGGCAUUCUCCAUAUGCCGACCCUUCCGCUACUUCUGGACCCAAGCGGUGGACAUCAACGAUGGGUCUUGCGGUGAUGUUAUGCUGUUUUAUAAGAGCUAUAGCAUUCCCAGUCUAGUCACCGAUCUGGCUAUGCUCGUUGUUCCUUGGCCUAUUUUGCUGCGUCUACAGAUGCCCACGUCGGAAAAAAUUGGACUCUUCUUCACCUUUCUGGCCGGUUCGCUCGGUAUUAUUACCUGUGCACUCCGCUUCUCCGUCUUUUUCACAACACCGCUCUUUUCAGACCCAACCUGGUACGCAUCAGGGGGUCCUAUGAUUUAUGCGCUCGUCGAGCCGUCCAUAUACAUGAUUGCGAGUAUUCUUCCUACAACGCGGCAUUUGUACCGACGACUCUAUCGCAGAGUGUUGCAAGAAUAUGGGCCAAAUAGCGAAGCUACUCCAAAAGACAGUGGCCAAACCGAUUCAACAGAGCUUGAGAGGAUGGAGAGCGAUCAUACGUCGAGUGGUGGAAUUCGACGCCAGGUAGAUAUCUGGCAAAUUCAUACAAGCCCCAGCCAAGAGCAGCUGACGAAGAAGGAUUUGACGCCCAAGGAGUGGUACCCUCCGAGAUCAGAGUCUCCAGUACAUGGUACGACUGAGACAAAACCUGCCGGAGAGGUAUGAGGAGCAAACACUCUACAGCUCAGCCAAGUAUCAGUUAUGGCUGUUGCAUGUCGGUGCAUCACUUGGCAAUUUUUACUAGAUACCCCUUGCCAUGUGUAUGUGUCCGCAUCUGAGUAGAAUGGCUCCUACGAUUGCUUUUGAAGGACGGAGCCGAUUGGAGAGUUAUGCAUAGUGUAUGCAUCUAAUGUGAAAACGUUUGGAGGAGACAUAGUGUGAUGAUUGAAUAUGAAUAUAUGAAUAUGAAUAUAUGAAAUUUAACAAUAAUCAAACGCAUAUGUUUGUUUCCUGGCUAAGAGGAGUGGCCAGCGACUGCGCCUUUGCGUACUACAUGUAGCCAGCCGCCAUCGCAUUCGAAGGCGAUCAAAGAAUAGGCUGCUUAUCUAGAAGUUUAUUGCCGUAAUAAUUCAAACGACAAGGCUACUAAGUAAGCGAUACAGGUUCCUUUGGGGUUUAACCUCUCCAACCAGCCUAACAAUCGCUGUGGCUGGCGACUACGGCUUCUGACGUUCAGCACGAACAAUCCAGCUUUACAUUGUAGGCCUCCCUCAACAAUCCAAGAUGUAUUUGUGGCUGUGCCACGUUUUAGUGUGUUGCAAAUGACUCUAGAGGCGCCAAUUUGCCAAGGCAUCGAGCGAGAUGCGAUGCGGGGGGACUGAUGCACAUGGGAGCGUUGAUGACCUCAUGUUUAUGAGUGCUUGUGGCUGGCCGCUUAGUGGCGUCUCAGAUGAGAAAGCCAUUCAAGGAACAAUGCAAGUGUGGCUGCCUUGCUACAGCUACAGGAAACACAGCAGGUUCUACGAGUACGAAAGGGACGGCGAGCAAGGAAAUUAGCCAGCAAGAUCAAGUUCAUCCAAAAACAUACACAAUUAUCCGCAGUCGUGCGUUGCUUGAUUUUUAGGUUUGUUCCAUUGUGGUUCGACCCCAGGUCUCGGCGGAGGUAAGACAAUCGGACAAAAACGCAGGGAAGGGUUGUCGGCUAUAGCGGGGUCACUAGUGCUAACUUCAUGUUUUACACGCACUGGGACAAGGAUAUGCGGCCCUCUCGUGUGAGCAGUGGUGGAUUGCUAUUAGCUUGUCGAGGCCGGCUUACGGCACAAGCAUGCCCCGAGUAGGCGGUAAACAAAAAAAGGGGACCAAAACGAAAAACAGACGGCAAUAUAGCCGAAGCUUGCAUGAAAAUGUGAGACCGCAGGGUCCCAUGAAAGCGCGCACCGUGGUUAAUUCGUGAGCCCUUAGUUUUCAAUAGUUGGGCGGCAUCCGAAGCAGCCGGGCCGGUUGUAGUGCAUGGUAUGGUGAAGGAAACGGCCGCGGACUAGAAAAUCAGGCUGCAUGGAAUAGAACUCGUAUUUGUUUAUGUGUGUUUGCGUAUGUCUAUACAUUCAAGCUAUAUUUUAAAUUAUCACGCGAGCCGGGUCUGCCCUUUUGUUGUUUCCUGUUGUCGC